AUGAGUUACGCAGAGCACUUUUCUCUGAAAAAUAUCCCAUACGGGAUCGCCAGCACCGCGGACCGUCCAGCUGCUGUAGCCACUCGGCUUCACGAUCUUGUAUUCUUUCUCUCUGACUUGAACCUGGACAGCCCUGGUAGCGUCAAGAGCACCUUUUCUCAUAUCACGCUCAAUGCACUCGCAUCGAUCGACAAAAGCGAACUUGCGAAGCUCCGAAGAAAUAUCCAAGCAGUUCUAGGAGAUGAUAAGAAUGUGUCCAAGUUCGGAAUCCCGGUCGGAGAGGCCAAGAUGCAUCUGCCGAUUGAAGUCAAAGGAUUCACCGACUUUUCUUGCUCGACAGAGCACCUGCUGAAUGCUGGUGAGGCCGUUCUGGGAGUUCGGAGCUUCCCACCCGCGUCUUUACAUCUCCCGAUCGGAUACACUGGACGCUCGUCCUCAAUUGUGGUGUCUGGGACGCCCAUCAUCCGUCCGUACGGUCAAUAUCGUGACGGAGAAGAAAUCGGGUUUGGCCCAUCUCGGGCACUCGAUUAUGAACUGGAAAUGGGGGCCAUCAUUGGCAAGCCCUCGACCUUUGGCGAUCGGGUGUCGAUCAACGAUGCAGAUGAGCACAUCUUUGGAGUGGUGAUUGUGAAUGAUUGGAGCGCACGAGACAUUCAAGGCUUCGAGAUGCAGCCACUUGGCCCCAUCAAUGGUAAGAGCUUUGGAACAUCGAUUUCGCCAUGGGUCGUGACACUUGAGGCCCUGCAGCCCUUUGCGACGGCGCCGCCGGCCAGGCAGAUGCCCGUCAAGGCGUACCUGCAAGACAACAAAACCAAGUCGAGUUACAGCAUCAAGCUGAACUCCGAGGUGCUGUCGGAAGGGUCCGCAACCAAGGUGUGCCAGGCGCAGCUGCAGUGGAUGUACUGGACAUUCCGAGACCUGGUGGCUCAGCAGACCAUCAACGGGUGCAACAUCAACGCGGGAGAUCUUCUGGCAACGGGCACAGUGUCUGGAGUUGGGGACGAUGAGCACGGCUGCUUGCUCGAGAUGACCAAGGGCGGCAAAGUCGAGUGGGAGCUGUCGACAGGGAAGAAGAGGCGCUAUCUCGAGGAUGGCGAUGGAGUGCGAUUGACAGCGUAUGCUGGGGAUGGCGUUGGCUUUGGUGACUGCACAGGGUUCAUCUCGGCAGCGAAGCCUUUUUGA